UAUCUUCAUGGAAUGGCUUGCUCAUGGCACAAAACAAAACCAUCCCGGUGAACGUUGGGGUUGUUCUAGACCUUAAUACACAGGAUGGGAAAAUUUGGUUGAGUUGCAUCCAAAUGUCCAUCUCGGACUUCUAUGCUUCCCAUGCUUACUACAACACUAGGCUGGUUUUGAACAUCAGGGACUCCAAACAAAAUGUUGUGCAUGCAGCAAAUGCAGCUCUAGAUUUGAUAAAGAAUGCACAAGUGCAAGCCAUCCUAGGGCCAGAGACAUCGAUGCAAGCGAGCUUUAUUAUUAGUCUCGCAGACCAAGCACAUGUACCCAUUAUAUCAUUUUCAGCAACAAGCCCUUCUCUUGCAUUGCUCAGGAGCUCCUACUUUUUCAGAAUUACACAAAAUGACUCAUCCCAAGUUAGAGCAAUAAGUUCCCUAAUUCACACAUUUGGAUGGAGACAAGUUGUGCCCAUCUACGCAGAUGGUGAGUUUGGCGAAGGAAUCAUACCAUAUUUAACUGAAGCUUUGCAAGACGUUAAUGCUCAUAUCCCCUACAAGAGUGUAAUACCCCAGUCAGCCACAGAUGGUCAAAUUAUUGAAGAGCUUUACAAGUUGAUGACGAUGCAAACCAGAGUCUUCAUUAUCCACAUGACGGCAGAUCAAGGCUCUAGGCUCUUUGCAAGAGCAACAGAUAUUGGAAUGAUGAGCCAAGGAUAUGUUUGGAUCACAACUACUGAGAUGACCAAUAGAUUAAUGGCGAUGAACUCCUCAGUAAUAAGCUCCAUGCAUGGUGUAUUAGGUGUAGAAACAUAUGUUUCGAAAACAAAGGAGCUUCAAGAAUUAACAAUGCGGUGGAAACAACAGUUCCAACUAAAGAAUCCGACUAUUCUUGACGCUGAAUUGGAUGUUUAUGGACUUUUGGCUUAUGAUGCUGCUUUUGCAUUAGCAAUGGCAAUUGAAAAGGUUGGCACCACAAGCUUUGGCUUCCAAAAGCGCUUAGAUGCUUCCUUCAGUCCAUCAACAGAUCUUGAAAGUUUUGAGGUCUCUAUAUAUGGUCCAAAACUUUCUCAUGCAUUGUCUAUUACUAAUUUCAAUGGCAUAGCUGGGGAAAUCAGUUUUGUUAAUGGCCAGCUUCAAUCAUCAACUUUCCAGAUAGUUAAUGUGAAUGAUGAUGGCGCAAGGGCGAUUGGAUUUUGGACUCCCCAAAAUGGAUUGGUGAACAAAUUGAAUUCAGAAAACACAACCAGUUCGAAGUCCAUAGUUGGACCAAUAAUAUGGCCUGGAGAUUCAUUCUCUAUUCCAAAGGGAUGGGAGAUCCCAACCAACAUUGGUAAGAAGUUGAGAAUAGGCAUUCCUGUAAAGGAAGGUUAUACUGAGUUUGUGAAGAUCACUAAGGAUCCUAGCACUAAUGUAACGGAUGUAACUGGGUUCUGUAUUGACGUUUUUGAGGCUGCAUUGGAGCUAUUACCAUAUUCUCUUUCUUAUGAGUUCAUUCCCUUUGCAAACGUUGAUGGAACCAGCGCCGGAAACUACGAUGACUUGUGCUAUCAAGUAUAUCUUGGGAAUUUUGACGCUGUAGUGGGAGAUACAACAAUCAGAGCAAACAGAUCAUUGUAUGUAGACUUUACCAUGCCCUACACAGAAUCUGGUGUAAUGAUGGCUGUUCCGGUCAAAGACAUAAAGAAUGACAAUGCAUGGGUUUUCUUAAAGCCUUUGACAUGGGAUCUUUGGCUGACGAUUUCUUGUUUCUUUGUCCUUAUUGCAUUCGUAGUUUGGGUACUCGAACAUCGAAUCAAUAAGGACUUUCGGGGCUCUCCUUCUCAUCAAGUUAGCACCAGCGUGUGGUUCUCUUUCUCAACUAUGGUCUUUUCACAUAGAGAGAAAGUGGUUAGCAACUUGACUAGAUUUGUGAUGAUUAUAUGGAUAUUCGUUUUGCUAAUACUUACACAAAGUUACACAGCUAGUUUAGCUUCACUCUUAACGGUCGAACGUCUUCAACCAACUGUUACCAGCAUAAAUGAUCUUUUGAGAAAGGGGGAUAGUGUGGGGUAUAUAAAUACUUCUUAUAUGUACGGUCUGUUGAAACAAGUAGGUUUCCCUGAUUCGAAGCUCAAGAGUUUUACAACUAUGGACAUCAUGGAUAGGGAUAGAAUUGAUGGGGCUCUUUCAAAAGGGACUGCAAAGGGUGGUAUUGCUGCUGUUAUUCAUGAGGCUCCCUAUGUGAAGCUUUUUGUUGCAAAUUAUUGUUCGAAGUAUACCAUGAUUGGACCCGUCUUUAAAGCAGAUGGAUUUGGCUUUGUGUUUCCAAAACGUUCAUCACUUGUAGCAGAUUUCUCCCAAGCGAUCCUGAACGUGACUGAAGGAGUGAAAAUACUGAACAUUGAAAGCAAAUGGUUCAAAAAAGAUGAAAGAAAUUGUCAAGACUCUAGUGGCCCAAAAAUUUCUAGCAGCAGUAUUCUUCGGCUUGAAAGCUUUUGGGUCCUAUUCCUCAUUACAGGAGCGGCUGCAAUACUCUCUCUCAUUGUGUUUGUAGCUUCCUUUCUUUAUCAGCAUAGGCACAUUUGGCUUCACUCUCUUUCAACUGCUCCAAGACCUUCUACAUGGGAAAGACUUCAAACUUUGCUCAAAAUCUUCAACAAAAAAGACCAGCAAAUGCAAGGCUCUCAUUCUUUGCAAAGCAGUCGACAACCAAAUGCAUUUCAUGCUUCAGCAAACAAUGGGCAGCAAAUUCCAGUCAGCUCUUAUAAUUUGAACCAUAUGGGUUCACAAUCUGUAUCUUUUGAGCAACAAUCAUCAAAUUAG